AUGGAGAUCGUGGUUUAUAAAUGCCGCAUAAAACUUGAGUACGUCAAGGAUCAUUUCGAUGCUAUUGUAGUAUCUUUACAGCCUCAGGCCUCUACGUCUACAUCCACUGGUGAAAGUGCAUCCAUCCCAGCUACACCGGUUAUUGCUCCUUCUGACUCUGUAGCGUUCCUUCGCCGUGACCUCUCUGGCAUGGACAUGGCAUCCGACAUGUCUUCUGUGUCUGGCGCCCCUUUACAUGCAGCAAUGUCUUCAAUCUCGCAUAAUCCCUCUGAUAUAUCCAUGGUUGAAGCUCCCCCAGACAAUGUAGAAUACCGCACUUGUACCGUGUCUUUCAAGAGCCUUUUACGAAAGGGCUUGCCUUCCGACCUCGUCGAGUCAUUUUUGCAGAAGCUAAAUACUGUAUUGCAUGAUCUCUUAGCUUGUAGUGGUAAUAGAUUCUCCCCUCUCACCCAUCUCGGUGCUGAUGAAGGCAAUUUGACUGACAGUACUGGUACUGCUGCUGGUAACGAUGGCAAUGGCGUUGAUCAAGUUAUUACGAACGAUGCUAUUGACAAAGAUGAAAUUCGUGAUGGCAGUGUUAAAUGCGAUGGAGAUCUCAAUGGUGAUGAUGGCGACGCCGGCGCUACUGCUAAUGGCCGUGGUCAGACAGCAAUAUUUGAACCUCUGCCAGAGUCAUACAAGAUGCGUGCUGAAGAUAUCGACUUUGGUUCUGGCCAAUUCAUGAGGCGAAAGAUCACUUUGAAAGACAAGAAAACAACAGAAGAAGGAAAGAGGGUUCAAGAGAUUCAGCAACAAUUGCCGAGAUCCAGUGUGUUCAGAGCCAAAGAGAUAGAGGAUGUCAUGUCAAAUCUUGAUGCACACAGAAGCAAUGGCCAAGCAUUGCGAGCGUUCUAUCACUCAAAGUAG